UGGGUAGAGCCAAGUAUCAGUUGAAAGACCAGAACCAAAUGUACACCAUGAAGACCGUUUCUUUCCUCGUUGUCGUGUUCGCGGCCUUUGCCUGCGCCUCCUGCUCCAGCUCCUAUGGCGCUCCAGCUGCAUCCUCGGUGCCAGCGCCACCGUGCCCCAAGAACUAUCUGUUCAGCUGCCAGCCCAACCUGGUGCCCGCACCUUGUGCCCAGCAGGCGCCGGCCGCCUACGGAUCGGCAGGAGCCUACACCGAGCAGGUGCCCUCCUACAUUGGAUUCGCACCCUACCAGCAGAUGCAGCAGUACCACCAGAGGAUCGGCAACGCAGCGCUGAUCGAUGAGCUGCGCAGCCUGGGCCAGGGCAUCCAGGGACAGCAGUACUAAGGCGGAGGCGAGGCACAGACCAUUCUUGAGAUACUUUCUCAUCGUACGCGUAGUUUUAGUAGCUUAGAAAAUGUUUACGAUUAGAUCUGCAUCAACUAUACAUAUAAACAUAUCUCCUGCAUCGAUAA